CUUUCAUCUUCCUCGCACACAGCGCUUAAGCUUUUACAGACAAUCCUCUCUCUCUCUCUCUCUCUCUCUCUCUCUCUCUCUAACAGUUGUGAAUUCUACUUACUGAAAUGGAGUUCGGGGGAAUAGUCGAUGGCUUGGAAGACAAGAGCAUUCUCAUUACUGGUUCAACUGGCUUCUUAGCAAAGCUCUUUGUGGAGAAGGUGCUUAGAGUUCAGCCAAAGGUGAAGAGGCUCUACCUUCUUGUGAGAGCAAGUGAUACCAAGUCCGCUGAGAAGCGCUUGCAAAACGAGGUGAUAGAAAAAGAAUUAUUUGAUUGUCUGAGGAAGAAGCAUGGAAAGGAAUUCCAUUCGUUUAUCACAGAGAAGAUUUGUGCUAUCCCAGGAGAUAUUAUCCAUGAGAAUUUGGGAAUAGAAGACAUAAAAUUGAGAGAAUUAAUUUGGAAUGAUAUCAACAUGGUCAUCCAUGUAGCAGCAACAACCAAUUUCUAUGUCAGGUAUGAUAUUGCUUUGAAUAUUAACGUUAUAGGUGCAAAGAAUGCCAUGAAUUUUGCAAAAAAGUGCAGUAAACUUGAAGUUUUUCUCCACGUUUCAACAGCCUACGUUACUGGAGAAAAAGAGGGACUCCUAUUAGAGAAGGCUUUUGGCAAGGGUGAAACACUCAAAGGCAAUAUGUAUUUGGACAUAGAUGCUGAGAUAAAAUUGGUGGAGAGAAGGAAGAAAGAACUCUUGCAACUUGAUAAUUCAACAAUGGAUGUUGAGAAAGUGGCCAUGAAAGAAUUGGGCAUUGAGAGGGCUCGACAUUUUGGGUGGCCAAAUACAUAUGUGUUCACAAAGGCAAUGGGUGAGAUGUUGCUUGGGCAGUUGAGAGGAAGCUUGCCUCUUGUUAUAGCUCGCCCAACAAUUAUAACAAGUACAUGGAAGGAGCCUUUUCCUGGUUGGAUUGAAGGAAAUAGAACAAUUGACAACAUAAUUGUUGGUUAUGCAAAAGGAACCCUUCCUUGCUUUGUUGCCGACAUUGAAUCUCCAAUGGAUGUGAUUCCUGGAGAUAUGGUUGUCAAUGCUUUGAUAGCAAUGGUGGUCGCUCACUCAAAUCAUCAAGCAGAAUUCAUCUAUCACAUAAGCUCAUCUGUAAGAAAUCCUGUCAAGUACUCAAUUUUAGAGCAAUGUGGGUACCGUUAUUUUUCCAAAAAUCCAUUAUUUGGAAAGAAUGGAAAGGAAAUCAGCCUGCAAAAAGUUCCUGUAUUCAAGAAAUUGGCCAUUUUUCGUAUUUUUUUGUUUAUUCGAUAUUGGCUGCCAUUAGAGAUGUUGCGUUUGGUCAAUGCCAUAUUUUGUUGCCCAUUUUCGAAGAAGUACAACGAGCUUAGCAGAAAGUACAAAUUUUUGAUGCUUCUCAUUGAUCUCUACAUACCUUACUGCUUCUUCAAGGGAUGUUUUGAUGAUUUUAACUUGGAGAGAUUGAGAAUGGCAACAAAGAAGCACAAUGAUAGUCAAAUAUUCGAUUUUGAUCCAAAGAAUAUAGAUUGGGAUGAGUACUUUUACAACAUUCACAUACCAGGUGUGCUUAAGUAUGUCUGCAACUGAUACAUUGGGAAGAUUCAACGCAUAUUUUAUUAAUAUUGUUAAAUCAUUUGUUAGUCAUUAGUUUCAUUUGAUGAUCAGUAACUGAGAAAUUUGUUUGAAUUAUAUAUAGAAUCAUUACAUUAAUGUUUGUUAAAGAAUGACAAUGGUGUUUUCUGAACAUUUAUAUGUUUCACAUAUGUAUGUAUUAUAUGGAGAGAUUACUCA